AUGAAUAUUUCGGCUUUUUCUGCACAACUCCAGAAAAUCACUCUGCUAUUUUUAAAAAAAUCAAAACAGCUGCAUGCAUCAAAGUUUAGAAAUAGCAAGCUAAAUCUUAAUAUAAAGUUAGUAAGAAGAAGCAUUAAAUUCUCAGGAAUGCUAAAUAUGGAUUUUUUUUAUUAUAAAUGUCUGUAUGACUCUGGGAAUCAAAAUUUUGAUUCAAAAGCCAUAAGUAUAUAA